AAGUCGAACUUAGACUCUUAGACUUUCUAAGUUCGAGACUUAGGCUUUAAAGUUCAGAGUUUACUAUAUAGAUGUUUGGUUGUUAAAGUUACUCUGGCAAAAAAAAGCUUGUUUUAAUUGUGUACUUAAUCAUUCAAUAUAAAAAAUGGCAACGGAUGAGAAUUCUUGGAAAACGCAAAAUUUUCGACAAAGUGUAAUUGCGAAAAUAGAUGAAGUUGUACAAUCAUCCGGAAUGCCUACAACAAGAAAUAGCAUUGAUAUGGAAAAUCAUGUUUUUCAAAAAGCAAAAACCAAGGAAGAAUAUUUAGGUUUUGUUGCUAGAUUGAUCCUACAUGUCAGAGAACUAAAUUCUAAAAAGGGUGCAGGAGGUGCUGCACCGGGUACAGCUGGUUCUGGAAAUCAAGGGAUGCCAGAUCCAAUUGGGGCACUACAAACAUUAGCACGUCAGGGGACUGGUAUUAAUCAAAUGAUGAGUAUGAGCGGGCCAGGAUCCAAUCCUCAAGGAAUAAUUCAACAACAACCUACGAAUACUGCUACAAAUUUAUUGCAAAGCUUAAAUCAACGUCCUGGACAAACUAUGGCCAUGCAAGGUAUGCAAAAUAAAAUGCCAGGAAUGGGUAUGAUGCCUGCCCAAACCAGUGGCCCAAUGAGUCAUAUGGGUUCAAUCCAGACCAUGCAAAAUAAUUCAAUGCUGACACAGAUGAAUCAAAUGGGACCAGGACAAAUCCCUCCACAAAUGAAUCAAGUAGUUCCUAAUCCUAUGGGACAAAUUACUCCAGGGCAAAUGCAGCAAAGCAUGCAGACUCAAAUGCAGAAUCAAUUAUCCAGUCAAAUAAGUAAUCAAAUCGGUGGAUCUAUAAGUGGGAUUCAAACUAGCAUGCCACAGCAGAUGAAUCAAAUUGCUUCGGGGCAAUUGGGCCCUGCUCAGAUGCAACAGCAGUUGAAUCACAUGCAGAGAAAAAAUGUUCACUUUCAGCCAGGUGAAAUGAUAAACACUGGAUUUGCAGGUCCUCGAAAUGUUACUGCAAAUCAGUUUUUAAGACAAAGUCCAUCGCCGUCAGCUCCAAGUCCAGCUGGUUUAAGUGCACCAUCAAGUAACCAGAUGGUAGCAUCUCCAGCAUUAGUUCCAUCACCAAGCCCACAGCAUGCUAUAAUGGGAGGACCGCAACGAUCUGUAGGCAUGGCACCAUCUCCUAGUAGUUCUUUGAACACUCCUGGAGGUGUUGGUGCUACUCCAAGUCCACAACAGGAGGACCAAGCAUACAGAGAUAAAGUUCGACAAUUGAGUAAAUACAUUGAGCCCUUACGAAGAAUGAUCGCUAAAAUGGGUAACGAAGGAAAUGUCGAUAAAUUGAGCAAAAUGAAGAAGCUUCUAGAAAUUUUAUCGAAUCCUAGCAAACGUAUGCCAAUGGAUACGCUAUUAAAGUGCGAAGUUGUUCUUGAAAAAGUGGACUUCAAACGAAGCGAUGCUAGCGUUGGACCUCCGGUACCAACAUUGAAAGAACAUCACUUCUUCAGUCCGCUUUUGGAAACAGUAAGCACGCAUCUUCAAAGCCCGGUGGUAAAUCAUACAUUGCAACGUACAUUUGGUCCAUGUUUAGAAGCUCUGUUUGGCCCAGAAAUAAAAAAUUUACCACCGCCGCUGAAAAAGCAGAAAAUAGAAGAAUCUCUUAGCGAUAUACCAGACGUAUUACAAGGAGAAAUAGCUCGAUUAGAUCAACGAUUUAAGGUCAGCCUUGAUCCAGCGCAACAAAAUGGAUCUAAGUGUACUCAGUUAAUAUGUUGGUUGGAUGAUCGUCAUCUUCCAUGCGUUCCACCAGUAUCGGUUACAGUUCCGGCUGAUUAUCCCCUUACGCCGCCUCGUUGCGUUAUGGCGCCCCAUGAAUACGCUACAACGUUUCUCUGUGCCGUGCAAAAGGCUUUAAAUGCGCGUAUAACGAAACUUCCUCGUCGCUUCUCUGUUUCUCAAUUAUUAGACACUUGGGAAAUGAGUGUAAGACAAGCUAGCGCGCCCUCGCAAACGCCUAUUACCACUAGCACUGUACUAAUGGGAUUAUAGUACGAUUUUAUUCGCAAAAUAUUUUAUAAACUUGAUAUAAUUAUAAAUUACUUAUCACACAUUUAUUUGUAAUCGUCUGUGUAAUUUUUCCUCGCCAGAUAUCUAUGGCUAUAUAUAUUUCUUUACAAUUUAAGUAAUAUCAAUGUUUAUACUUCUAGUAUGCGAAAAAACUGAGGAUUCAUAAAUGGUGUACGCCAGGCACGACACAUUUUGAUACAAUCAUAAUAGAGUGUUGCCAGGGCAUGAAAUCAUGAUAUAGCUCAAUUUUUUAUUUUUUUUUUUUGACUUGCACCAUUAUGAUUCUCGCAGGAAACAUCCACAAAGUGAUGCUUCCCCCAUUUUGAUAUAGAAUUUGUUUAACGAUCGUAGAAUAGAGUUGGAUCAUUUCUGAUGCACUUCAUUUAUCCGAUCGUUAAAAGAAUUUCGUGCAUAUUCAAUACUUUUGAAAAUAGCAUCGGAUUAAAUUUGGAGAAUA